AUGCCAAACAUAAGUAUUGCCAAUGCCAAACAUAAUGUUUGCUUGAAAGACUUAACAAUGGGGAAUCGCCUUGGUCUCUAUUCUUUUUCCAUAAAUAUGUUUAAAAAAAAUAGAAAACCUUUGCCCAUUGACACCAUGUUCAAGCUUCCUUCUCCAAUACUCACUUGGCCUGCAGGUACUCUCUAUCCUCUGUGUGAAGGCUUUGCAAGUGGAACAAUUGAUCUAGGAGGACUAGAGGUGUGUCAAAUUACAUCUUUCACUAAAGUUUGGGCUACACAUGAGGGAGGACCAGACAAUCUUGGGGCAACAUUUUUUGAACCAUCUUCUUUUCCAGAUGAGUUCUUUAUGCUUGGUUACUAUAGCCAACCAAACAAUAAGGCUCUUUUUGGAUGGGUCCUCGCCGGAAAAGAUGUCACCGGAGACCCUUCCGGUGAAGGAACUCUGAAGCAGCCAAUUGAUUACACUCUAGUUUGGAGUAGUGAGUCAUUGAAAAUCAAGCAAGAUGGCCAUGGUUAUAUUUGGCUACCAACACCACCUGAUGGUUAUAAGGGCAUUGGUCAUGUUGUCACGAGCUCUCCUCAGAAGCCUUCCCUUGAUAAAAUUCGGUGUGUUCGUGCUGAUUUUACUGAUGAAAAUGUAAAUGAUGCGUGGAUUUGGGGCCCGACGAAGGAGAUCAAUGCAAAUGGGUUCAAUGUUUAUGCCUCAAAACCAACAAAAAUUGGGACACAAGAUUUAAGUGUCUCUGCAGGUACAUUUAUAGCCCAAAAUGGUAAAAUUGCUUCUCUUCCUUGUUUGAAGAAUGUCAAACAAAAUUUAACUGCUAUGCCUAAUCUAAGCCAAAUUCAGGCAUUGAUUCAAGUUUACUCUCCAUGGAUUUACCUCCACCCUGAUGAACAAUACCUUCCCUCUUCUGUAAGUUGGUUUUUCAAAAAUGGGGCAUUGCUUUAUCGAAAAGGCCAAGAAUCGAACCCAGUUUCCAUUGACCCUACAGGCUCAAGUCUUCCCCAAGGUGGUUCAAAUGAUGGUGCUUAUUGGUUAGACCUCCCAAUUGAAGCAUCAGCCAAAGAGAGAGUUAAAAAGGGAGAUCUUCAAGAUGCUGGGGUCUAUAUGCACAUAAAACCUGUACUAGGUGCAACAUUCACAGACAUAGCUACAUGGGUAUUUUACCCUUUUAAUGGGCCAGCAAGGGCAAAAGUAGAAUUCAUUAAUAUUUCCUUAGGAAAAAUAGGUGAACAUUUAGGUGAUUGGGAACAUGUGACAUUAAGGAUCAGCAAUUUCAAUGGGGAGCUAAAAAGUGUCUAUUUUUCACAGCAUAGUAAGGGAAUAUGGGUGAGUGCCUCAGAGCUUGAGUUCCAAAAUGGUAACAAACCGGUGACUUAUGCAUCGUUGCAUGGCCAUGCCUUUUACCCCAAACCAGGGCUGGUUUUGCAGGGCAAUGGAGCGAUAGGGAUAAGGAAUGAUACCGCGAAAAGCAAGAUGGAGAUGGACACUGGGGUGAGGCAUUUGGUGAUUGCUGCAGAGCACUUGGGGUCAGAGAUUGUUGAGCCACCAUGGUUAAACUAUGCUAGAGAAUGGGGACCAAAGAUAAACUAUGACAUUGAUGAAGAGAUCAAGAAGGUGGGGAAACUGUUGCCUGGGAAGCUUAAAACCGCAUUUGAGAAGUUGGUGAAGAGUCUUCCUGACGAGGUGUUGGGUGAGGAAGGGCCUACUGGCCCCAAAUGGAAAGCUAAUUGGAGUGGGGAUGAGAGGGUGUGAUUGUAAAACGCGACAUAGUGUUCGAGACUCUCGUUGUAAAGGUAUAUGGAGUAGUUCAAAUGUAU